UGAUGUUUUAGAUUACAGCUACAUGGUUGUCGAUAGAUCUAGUCCUGCAUUUUGUCCACAUUUAAUCCCUUACGCGCACCUUUCGCGUAGGAACCGGAGAGGGAUAGAUUGCAAUAACCCUUGUUUACAGCGGAGGUUUAAAGGUUGGGAGGCGUUUCUCGCUGUUAAUGAAAUUUAUUGUACAGUUCUUUUUGGUUGUAAAAAUGGCCAUUAACUAAAUAGUGGCCCCAUGACUUAGCUUAAGACUAAUUCGCAGUUCAGCUGUGACCUCCCUGUAUUGCAUUCAUUUUUAACUUUUAUGUUUCGAUUGCAGUUUUACUCUGUACUUGUGGAAAGGAUACACAUCAUCGUACUAGGUGACUACAGUAUUAGUGGGUGCUGUUCAUGUCGUUCUUUUUUAUUUGACCGGUUUUGGAAAAUGUGUUUCCAUAGGAAUGUUUUUUCUGUUCCCUGAUUAGCAAUGACUGAGGUCCUCCGGCGUAUCCAUGGGGUCAUUAUAAAAGUGCUUUUGUUCCCCAGCGCGCUCCGGAGUAAGGGCCCGCGCCCCACCGCCUCCGAAGUUUUAACCUGUCACCUGGUGCAGCGCAGACUCCCACCUUGGACGUCCUUCUCUGUGCGCUAUAGUGACAUCUCCAAUGAUCAGUUUGGACUGUCCAACUUUAAUUGGGAGGUUUCAGGAGCAAAUUAUCAAAUCCUCCGGACCGGGUGCUUCCCAUUCGUCAAGUACCACUGCACCAAAGCCCCUUUACAAGACUUGGACCUAGAAAAUAAAUUCUUUACCGUACUGAAAGUCAUCAAUCUUGGUAUCCCAUCGCUGGCCUAUGGACUGGGCUCUUGGCUUAUGAUUGGAGCAUCAGAAACUGUGCAGACGAGCUGUGGUCCUGUCACUGUCUAUUUCCUAUAUAAAGAGAAGGAGGGGGCCCAGUAUUAGUGCUGAAUAACAUGCUGCUGAGGAUGAUUCAGUAGGGGUGGGGGAUAAUCAUCAGAUUUUUUGAAAAUGACAGAUCUCAGUCAGGGAACAGGGAACAACUACUGCUUAAGGUUUCAUGCAGUGUUCCUUGAAUGUUUGAAGUAUAACGUAUUUCUGCACAACUGUAAUAGUUAUGGUAGGUAUGUUUGCUAUUUAUAAAUUAUAUUAAAUUUCAAUAUUUUUAUUUUUCAUGUUGUUACACAUAUGGGAUUUUUUGUAGAUAUCUAACCUAUUUGAAUACAAACGUGUCAGAAUACAAACCCUUAGAAUUUUUUUCAGGCUUGAAUUUAUAUAUGUGUUUUCUUUCCACAUUUUAAGUUUUUGCUUGUUGAGGAUUGUAAUGGAUUGUAAUGGCUUAUUGAAAUGCACUAUAUAAACAUUACUUAUUCUAUAAA